AGCCGGAGGAGGAGAUCAUCGCCGAGGACUACGACGACGCCCACGUGGACUACGAGGCCUCGCGGCUGGGGGGGGUGCCGGUUGUGGGCGGGGCUCUGGGGGCGGGGGGAGGCCCUGGGUUUAAGCGCUGCAGGGCGGGGCUGGGGGCGGGGCUAAGCGCUGAGGCCCCGCCCCCGGCAGAGCCGGAGGAGGAGAUCAUCGCCGAGGACUACGACGACGCCCACGUGGACUACGAGGCCUCGCGGCUGGGGGGGGUGCCCCCCCCCCGGGGCAAUAGCAGCUGGUCCGCUAUAGGAUCCGUACGGCCCCGCAGCGGGCUGCCCUACUACUGGAACGUGGAGACCGACCUGGUGUCCUGGCUGUCCCCGAACGACCCCAACUCCGUCGUCACCAAAGCUGCCAAGAGGCUCAAGGGGGGGCAAG